GUUACUCAUAAAAGGGAACAUGACUCAGUAGGUAAAAAGAAUCGUUAAUAAGAAGAAUGAUUUGUUUGAGAACUGCACAUCAUCCUUUCUCUCGUGCUGAAGAAUGAACAUGGUAACAGCUGGAAAAGUGAUUAAGUGCAAGGCAGCUGUAGCAUGGGAGGCUGGGAAACCCUUGUCCAUUGAGGAGGUGGAGGUGGCCCCACCGAAGGUCCACGAAGUGCGCAUCAAGGUCUUUGCGACGGGGGUGUGUCAAACGGAUGCCUACACUCUGCGCGGCAGCAACCCUGAGGGACUCUUCCCUGUCAUCCUGGGUCAUGAGGGCGCCGGGACAAUUGAGAGCGUGGGCCAGGGAGUCACCAAGUUCAAGCCAGGUGACAACGUCAUCCCAUUAUAUAUGCCACAGUGUGGUGAGUGCAAAUUAUGCAAGAACCCCAAGACCAACCUCUGCCAGAAGAUCAGGAUAACCCAGGUCCGGGGUCUGAUGCCUGACAACACCUCGCGGUUCACCUGCAAGGGCAAGCAGCUGUUUCACUUCAUGGGGACCAGCACCUUCUCCGAGUACACGGUGGUGGCCGACAUUUCAGUGGCCAAGGUGGAUGAGAAGGCCCCCCUGGACAAGGUGUGCCUGCUGGGCUGCGGCAUCUCCACGGGCUAUGGAGCUGCCCUCAACAUUGCCAAGGUUGAGCCUGGCUCCACCUGUGCUAUUUUUGGUCUGGGUGCCAUUGGCCUUGCCGUCAUCAUGGGAUGCAAAGUUGCUGGGGCAACCAGGAUCAUCAGUGUGGACAUCAACCCGGACAAGUUUGACAAGGCCAAGGAGUUUGGGGCCACUGAGUUUGUGAACCCCAAGGACCACAGCAAACCUAUUCAGGAGGUACUAGUGGAGAUGACCGACGGAGGUGUGGACUACUCCUUUGAAUGCAUUGGCAAUGUGGGAAUCAUGAGGGCGGCUCUGGAGGUGUGCCACAAAGGCUGGGGCGAGAGCAUCCUCAUCGGGUUGGCAGGUGCAGGACAGGAGAUCUCCACUUGUCCAUUCCAGCUGCUUACCGGCCGUGUGUGGAGGGGCACAGUAUUUGGAGGCUGGAAGAGUGUGGAGAGCGUCCCCAAACUAGUGACCGACUACAUGAACAAGAAGCUGAAGGUGGAUGAGUUUGUGACCCACACCUUGCCCUUUGACCAGAUCAAUGAGGGCUUUGACCUCCUGCAUGCCGGAAAGAGUAUCCGUGCCGUCCUGAAGUUCUGAAGUGCCUGCCAUGUUGAGCCUCACUUACUUCUGCCUUUUAUAAGCAAUCACCUUUCAAUUGCUGUAGCACUUAACUUUCAGAAUUAUAUUGUCACGUGUGCUCCCUCUCCGGCCUCUAGGUCAUCAGGCUGCUCAUUAUUCUACACACCAGUCACCAUCGUCACACGCCUCAUGACACUCACCUGGACUCCAUCACAUCCUUGAUUAACUUCCCUAUAUAUGUCACUCCCUUUGGUUCCUUCCCCAGGAAUUAUAGUUUAUGUUUCUUGUCUGUGCGUUGUUCGUGUUUCUUGUUUUGUAUUAUGUUUUGUUUAUUGAUUAAAUCACUCACUC